UACGGCAUCACAAACAUGAAGGCGUUCGUUGUGUUGUCCAUGGCGUUGGCCAUUGCUUCCUGCGCGGCAGUCGACGGUUCCUCCAGAAGAGAAAAACGUGGCAGCUGGGAUGAGGAUCAAUGGGAACCUAAGCCAAAAGUAAAAACUGUCACCAAGCAUGUCCCAGUUCCAUACCCAGUCGAAGUCAUAAAGAAAGUGCCCUAUGAAGUGAAGGUCCCAUACCCAGUGCAUGUCGAGAAGAAGGUUCCAUUCGUCGUAGAGAAGAAAGUACCAGUUUACAUCGAGAAAAAGGUCCCAGUUCACAUUGACCGCCCAGUUCCAUACCCGGUGAAGGUCCCAGUUGUCAAGAAGGAAUACGUCGAAGUGCCAAAACCAUACGCAGUUCAUGUGGAGAAGAAAGUUCCAGUAUACAUCAACAAACCAGUGUACAUCACCAAGACAGUGCCAGUGAUUGUACAAAUCAAAAAGAAGCCCCAGAAGAAGAAAUGGUAG